GACAUUUCUUUAAUAUGAUUUUGUCGAUAUUUAGUGUCUUUUUUCUCAAAGCUCUGCUCUGAACACUCUUUCCGACAAAAGAUUUGGAUGGAUCAAUCAUUUUGUCACUGUCUUCUCUGAUCCCUUUCCCCAUCUCUCCCUCUUAUUUCAUGGCGAUCGCCGCUGCUUCUUCCUUCUCCGUCGGUUCUUCCCAGUGUCAUUUAUGUCAAGUAGAAGGGGCUUAUUACUCACCAUUAGUUGGUGUCAACAAUGGUUGGAUCAGACAUACAUUUGAUGGCUGCAAAGUGACAGACUCGCCCGGCAUAAGUGUCAGAUGCAGGAACCCGUUUUUUGGAUCAACACAAUUUCAUUGGUUGUCUAUGGGACGUGAUCUUUCCCUUUCAAAAGUUUUAGUUGCCGCGGAUUAUUCUGAUUCUGUUCCUAAUCCAUCGAGUUAUGAAAGCAACCAAGGUUAUCACCCUCUUGAAGAACUUAAAGUUUGCAAAAGGAUCCAGGAGAUACAACUGUCAUCAGCUGAAAUAGCAAGGACAACCGUCGAGGCUAACAGCAGUGCUUUGCUAGUCUUUCCCGGAACAGUACAUUCUGAACCUCAUGAACAGAUUUCAUGGGCUGAGUUUCCAUAUGUUGUUGAUGAUUAUGGAGAUAUCUUUUUUGAAAUUUUGGAUGAUGAGAACAUCUUAAAAGAUCGCGGAGCGAGUAACCUUGUGAAUGUUCUGAUUGGGAUGGACAUUCCCGUACGAGAGAAUAACCAGGCAGUCGGUGACUUCAACUAUUCGGACAUCGGGAUUGAUGAUGAAGUUCCUUUUGACGAUGAAUAUUUUGAGGUUAUGGAUUCUGAAAUAUACGAGGCUCCGGUUCGUUGGGGGAUGCCAGAUUCGGCUGAUAGCAGCUGGGUUCAUCCUAUAUAUUUUGCCAAGUGCUUGAUGAAGGCUGUUCAUGUAGAACAUGACAGGAAAAUGGACCAUCCCUCUAAUGGUGUUUCGAUUGUCGGUUGCCUUCGACCAGCCUUUGCUGAUGAAGAAUCAUAUCUAAGAAGGCUAUUCCAUUUUGACUAUGAUGAAGGAUACACCUCAGAUUGGAAAGAUGGCGAAGCUCCAAAACCAAGUUCCAAAUAUGGUGGAAGUAAAAGCGGCUCAAUACUUUAUCGGUUGGAGAUAAUGCAAAUUGAACUGUUCUCUGUAUAUGGUGCCCAGUCCCUAAUUAGCUUGAAAGACUUUCAAGAUGCUGAGCCUGAUGUUCUUGUACACUCUACUUCAGCAAUUUUGGAGCGUUUCAGUGAGAAGGGAAUCUGGUGCAAUGUUGCUCUAAAAUCUCUAUGCAAGAAAAAGGGUCUCCAAAUAGAGGAAGCUAAUUUGAUUGGAGUCGAUAGUCUCGGCAUUGAUGUAAGAAUAUUCUCUGGUGUGGAAGUACGGACUUGUCGUUUUCCAUUCAAAAUUCGGGCUAUGUCUGAAGCUGCAGCUGAAAAGAAAAUCCGACAACUACUCUUCCCCCGGUCUCGCCGGAAGAAAUUCCAGUCUCAUGGGGAUGAACUUAGAGACCCAGGUUCUUAGUUUUUACCCUUUGUAGCCAAUCAACCAUUUUUGUGGCUUUAUUCAAAGAGGGUAUCAAUGUCAUCCGGAGUCAAAAAAUGAGCGUCGGAUACAAAUGCACAUUCAACAAAAGUAAUCAUUUUCGUAUCUCGAUAUCCAUGUUCAAACGUAUUAUCCAUUGGUGUUAUGAGUAUUUUAAGAAAAAUGAAGGGUCCUUGUAUCGUAGACAGGCAUUGCCUUUUAAGGCAGGAAGUUUAACCAUUUAGAUUGAAGUUGUAAUAAAUGGGUGGCUAGGUAGGCAUUAUCUUUUAAGCUUGGUAGCUCAACAAUUUAGGUUGAUGUUGUAAUAAAUGGGUGGUUAGAUGUGGCAUCUUGUACAUUUUUAGAUUGAUAUAUGGUAAUGGAUAGUGCGGAUUCAGAUA